AUGGUAGCGGUAGGGGUGGCGAUGAAGCUAGAGCUGACUGAAGCAUGUACUGAGUUCUUUUCCCAUAGCAGUCUGCCUCUGUCUGGCAGAUUGCUUCUUAAUCAGGAUCAGUAUGGACUGCCUACUGCAAGGAGAAGGAAUGUUGUAACUGAGCAGUUGGUCUGUUCUGACUGUUCUAGUCUGUAUUUGCAAAUUAGUCUGGACAGGUACUGUGUUGCUGCUUUUGAGAUUGGUGUUACAUUGGUCUGUGAUGAUCAGAUGAAUAGUUUUAAUCCUUUUGAAGGAUUAAAGCCAACUUUUGUGAUGGGCAAUGAUGAUGCAUCAGGAGGCUCCAGCAGAUUGACGCUUCUCUGUAGAAGAGGGCGAGAAGUAGGAUAUGUGCAUACUUAUCAGCUGAAUAUGGAGUUUUCAGCUUCAGUGUUUGGCUCAGGUAGAAUCAAGAGGAUCCAGCUGAAUCUGAUGCAGAUCCAGUUUGAGCUGAAUGAUGAAGGAGCUGAUCUGUUGCUGCUGCAGCUAGUCAGACAGAACAGUAGCUGA